AUGUCGUCGACAGCUGGGCAAAUUGUUGUCCCGCCAUCAACCGCCCUGGCGAAGCGCCCCCCCACCGCGUAUCUGGUGGUGGAGCAGGACGGGACAGUCACCCCCCUGCGCGUGAACGGGCACCACAGGAGGCCGAGUUUGGGCGAGGUGGCGGGGGGGACCACGGCGGAUUUGGCGGCGGUGGUCUGCUGCUGCCCCUGCGUGCUGGUCAACAUGGUGGUGCUGGCGGUUUACAAGGUGCCGAAAGGGGUGGCGCGGAAGGCGCUUGGGAGCAAGCGCCGCCGUAGGCUGCUGAAGAAGGGUGGAAGGUCGGAGAGGCAGCAGAGCAGCAGCGACGGCGACGAUGACUCUGAGCUACAAAUCGUCCAAGUCUCCUCCUCCUCGUCGGCGGUCUCCUCCGGGCUCAGCCUGGAUUCCGACAAAGAUGUGGUGGAGCUGGAGAAGGAAAUGUGGGAGAAGUUUUACGGCGCCGGUUUCUGGAGAAGUUACUCCCAAAGGAGCGACGAAAGGAGCGAAAUAACUGAGCUUUCACGGUAA